UCUUUAUUACAUAUACGGUGCCCAUAAUUUACUGACUACUUGCCAUUUAUCUGCUAAUAUCUUGUUAGAAAUGAAUACCAAAAGUUUUAACUUAUUACUGAAAGAAGCACGAUUAGGAAGUCAAAAAGAAAUUGAGCAAUUAUUAGCGCUUGAUUAG